AUGAAGUUAGGUAUUAAUAGUACUGCAUGGGUACUUGAGAACGUCAAACCAGGUUCCCAGUUGCGACGCACCCAGACCACGUACCAGGUCCCAGUUGCGACGACCCGCGACGUCCAGCACCACCGCGCAUCACCUGCACGCCGCACAUCACUACUGCCCGUGUUGAUUGCGCCUCGAUCCCCUGCACGAGAUAGCACGCGCCUGCUAGACCGUGCACACCCGCGUGGUUCCACACGCCCAGCGCCUGUCCGCGUCGGCAUAGGAGACCCACGACAGCACUGCACGCGCCCGAGAUCCCAGCACUUGCCUGUGUCUGCUCCAGCACCAGAGCUCAAAUGGGAUGGGAAAGGGGGCAAGGAUCUUUCCAGGUUCAGGCUUGCGGAGCACAGGAGCGCUUGUUCCUACGGUUGUUUAAGAAACUCCGACCCAGCAUCACACGUUCUCCAGGUCCGAAGGGAUCCAGUGCCCAACUACCGGCAUACUGAGUCCACUUUCCAACCCCCUUCAGGUCGUAUCGGCCUUUCUAACUUCGAACUUCGGAUUCCGCGUCGCACACUACCGCUAGCUAAGCUAAUCGUUUUAGUUCCCUUCAAUUAA